GUUAUCUUUAUCACGGACCUCAUUCGAGUACAUCUUCGGACAAAUCACUAAUGUCAGAAGUUAAAUCUCUUCCGAAAAGAGGACGCAAUAGAAGUCACAACCGGUGGAUAAAUUCCAGCAAAACCUCUCUUCGCUCACUGAUACUUCCUCCAAUUUCAACCGCCGAAACGAGUUUCAACGGCCUUCCUCCAAACUCUCUCAUGCAUCCGCCGGACAGGCACGAUAUCAGAGAAACAGAAUGCGACAUAGACACUAUGAAAAAAGUCAAAAUGGGACUGAGAUCAUCGCUUUGGUCUCGCCCUUCAGGCCUUACUAAGCCUACGACGGAUUAUUCCAUUGCCGUUUAA